CUGGAACGCGCACUGUGCAGGGUAGGGGGUCCCAGGGGACUGGAGCUGGGCGGCUGAGGCCCGAGGAUUGUGAGCACACCGCGUGAUCAUACGCCCUCCUGGAGCAGCCUUGGGGGGCCUGAGCAUCAAGAGAUGAGCUUCCUAGAGCAAGGGGACAGCACUUCAUGGCCAUCACCAGCUGUGACCACCAGCUCAGAAAGAAUCCGUGGGAAACGGAGGGCCAAGGCCUCAAGAUGGACGAGGCAGGAGGCCAUAGAGGAAGGGGAGCCGCCGGGUCUCGGGGAAGGUUCCUGGGCCAGGCCAGCUGCUGAGUCCACUGGGCUGGAGGCCACAUUCCCCAAGGCCACACCCUUGGCCCAAGCUGCUGCCUUGGUCAGAGUGGGCACCCCACCAACAGGGGACUUCCUCCCUUCUGACUGUGCAGCCUCAGCAGCGGGUUCCAGCACAGAUGAUGCAGAGCUGGCCUCAGAGUUCCCGGCCGCAGAGGCCUGGGGGUAUGAGCUGGAAGGCCUGGUAGAAGAGAGGCCGGCCCCAUGCCCGUCUCCACAGGUCCCGUUACCCAAGCUGGGCUGGGACGACGAGCUACAGAAGCCCGGGGCGCAGGUCUACAUGCGCUUCAUGCAGGAGCACACCUGCUACGACGCCAUGGCAACCAGCUCCAAGCUGGUCAUCUUUGACACCACGCUGGAGAUCAAGAAGGCCUUCUUUGCCUUGGUGGCCAAUGGCGUGCGGGCAGCCCCUCUGUGGGACAGCAAGAAGCAGAGCUUUGUGGGGAUGCUGACCAUCACGGACUUCAUCCUGGUGCUGCAUCGCUACUACAGGUCCCCGCUGGUCCAGAUCCAUGAGAUUGAAGAACAUAAGAUCGAGACCUGGCGGGAGAUCUACCUGCAAGGCUGCUUCAAGCCUCUGGUCUCCAUCUCUCCCAAUGACAACCUGUUUGAAGCUGUCUACACCCUCAUCAAGAACCGGAUCCAUCGCCUGCCCAUCCUGGACCCGGUCUCAGGCGAUGUACUCCACAUCCUCACACACAAGCGCCUGCUCAAGUUCCUGCACAUCUUUGGCGCCCUGCUGCCCCGGCCCUCCUUCCUCUACCGCACCAUCCAAGAUCUGGGCAUCGGCUCAUUCCGGGACUUGGCGGUGGUGCAGGAGACAGCACCCGUCCUCACCGCCCUGGACAUCUUUGUGGACCGGCGUGUGUCUGCGCUGCCCGUGGUCAACGAAUGUGGUCAGGUCGUGGGCCUCUACUCCCGCUUCGAUGUGAUUCACCUGGCUGCCCAGCAAACCUACAACGACCUAGACAUGAGUGUGGGAGAAGCCCUGAGGCAGAGGACGGUGUGUCUGGAGGGAGUCCUUUCCUGCCAGCCCCACGAGAGCCUGGGGGAGGUGAUCGACAGGAUUGCUCGGGAGCAGGUACACCGGCUGGUGCUAGUGGACGAGACCCAGCAUCUCCUGGGUGUGGUCUCCCUUUCCGACAUCCUUCAGGCGAUCGUGCUCAGCCCUGCUGGCAUCGAUGCCCUCAGUGCCUGAGGAUGUCUGGGUCCUCACUCCCAAGCCACCUCCAUACCCGGAAGCCAAUGAAGGGAGCCGGGGGAUCGGCCUUCAUCUUCCCUUUCCCCGUUUGCUGGUGCCGCUCUGGUUCAGGCUUCUCCAGCCCUCCCUAACUGCCCUGCCUUGCCUGUGCUCCCGGAAGCCCUUGGGUAUGCCAAUGCACCGUGCGAUGAUGACAAUAAGGAGAACAGCUGAGUCCACCCUGGAGGUCUCUGAACCAGAGGCACUGGGAUUGCCCGUGUGCUCCGUACCCACGUGUACCCUUUCCCCCACCUGGGUCAUGACUGGCCCCAGUGAGGCAGGGAGCUCACAGCCCACAGGCUUAAUCAGCGGUUCCGGAGUCCCCCUCGAGCCACCAGCUUUCUGGGAGUCCCAGCUGUUCUCCCCAAGUCGUGAGGAACUUUACUGAUUCCCCACAACUUUGCCACUGCCCUCCUACUCUCCCUGCAGUGUUAUCGCUGCAGGGCUGCGGAUCACCACGGAGCAGCAGUUGUUUACAGAACUGCCUGUUGGAGUGAGGCCCGCCUUCUGUUCUUGUCCAGAAAACUCCUUAGCAUUCACCAGUGCCUCGUGUCCUCAGUCUCCAGCAAUGGACAGCCUUGUACAAACCAAAAAGAACAAUCCAUGAACUUGGACUUUGUAGGUUUCACUCAAACAAAGAUAUGGUCAUUUAACCUGAACUUGUGGCAAGAUCCCUGUGCUUCCUGAAUUCAAAGACACGAAGGAAAUUUGACAAAGGCUGCAAAUGGCA